CCACCCGCCCCUCCCUCCCUCUUUCCCUCCCCUCCCUCCCUCCCCUGUCGGCUGGGUUUGUGCGCUGGGGCGCCGGAGCCCCUCCGCAGCCGGGACGCGCGGAACUCGAGGCUGGAGUCGGCUCUCCCGAGCCUCCUCCCUCCCUUCUCCUUCCCUGCCCCCUUCCCCCACCCCCCGACUAGGGCUCGGAGCGGAGGCCAGAGGAACCCCGAGGAUCAUAAGGUCUGUGAGGGCCUGGAACACGCCUGUCUCAUUAGCUGCCCCAUCCCCUGUGCUGGGCACAGGAUCCUGGUGGGAGGAUUAAUUCACCUGGAGGGGUUGCAGAAGGUGCCAACGACUGGAUCGCUGACCAGUGAGAAGUUUGCCGAGGCCCCUGAGUGGGAGGGAUGGAGAACUCCUCAGCAGCAUCGGCCUCCUCCGAGGCCGGGAGCAGCCGCUCCCAGGAGAUCGAGGAGCUUGAGCGGUUCAUCGACAGCUACGUGCUUGAGUACCAGGUGCAGGGGCUGCUGGCCGACAAGACGGAGGGGGACGGCGAGAGUGAGAAGACGCAGUCCCACAUCUCCCAGGAGGAAGCGAUCAAUGGUGGACCACCUAUGAAAGGCUUAACAGAAGAAUGGACGGCGGACUGCAAUGAGCAGCUGGACUGCAGCUAUUCCUUCUCCCGAGGGCGAGCCCCCCUGCAGCAGAAUGGCAGCAAAGACACCUCUCUGGACAUGCUGGGCACAGAUAUCUGGGCUGCCAACACCUUUGAUUCCUUCAGUGGUGCCACCUGGGACCUGCAGCCUGAAAAGCUGGACUUCACCCAGUUCCACCGGAAGCUCCGACACACGCCCAAGCAGCCCCUGCCACACAUCGACCGUGAAGGGUGUGGAAAAGGGAAGCUGGAAGAUGGGGAUGGAAUCAACCUGAAUGACAUCGAGAAGGUCCUCCCGGCCUGGCAGGGCUACCACCCGAUGCCCCACGAGGUGGAGAUUGCUCACACGAAGAAGCUGUUCCGGAGGAGAAGAAAUGACCGAAGGCGACAGCAGAGACCCCCAGGAGGGAACAAGCCUCAACAGCACGGUGACCACCCACCGGGCACUGCCAAACACAACAGGGACCACCAGAAAUCCUACCAAGGGAGCUCAGUGCCCCACCCCUCAGGGAGGUCCACCCAUCACGGCUACAGCCAGAACCGGCGCUGGCACCACAGCAACAUGAAGCAUCCACCAGGCGACAAGGGGGAGGCAGGCGCCCACCGCAAUGCCAAAGAGACCGUGACCAUGGAGAGCCCCAAACUCGAGGACGCCCUGGGGGAUGCCGGGCACAGCGGCCUCGAGCCCCCCUGCAGCCCUGAUGCCCUGGUCCCGGUGGCUUCCGAGAGGCUGCCCCUGCUGCAGCCAGGCGGUCCGGAGGCUGAGACAAAGCGUAAAGACAGUAUUAUUUCCGAACGCAGCGGGGAGCGGCCCAAAAUUACCCUGCUCCAGUCUUCCAAAGACAGGCUGCGGCGAAGGCUGAAAGAAAAGGUACCGGAUGAAGUGGCCGUGGAGACCACCAACCCUCAGCAGAACAAGAUGGACAAGUUGAUUGAGAUCCUGAACAGCAUGAGGAACAACAGCAGCGACGUGGAUGCCAAGCUCACCACCUUCAUGGAGGAGGCCCAGAACUCGACCAACUCCGAGGAGAUGCUGGGGGAGAUCGUCCGCACCAUCUACCAGAAGGCCGUGUCCGACCGCAGCUUUGCUUUCACGGCCGCCAAGCUGUGCGACAAGAUGGCGCUCUUCAUGGUGGAGGGGACCAAGUUCCGGAGCCUGCUUCUCAACAUGCUUCAGAAGGACUUCACAGUGCGGGAGGAGCUGCAGCAGCAGGACGUGGAGCGCUGGCUGGGCUUCAUCACCUUCCUGUGCGAGGUCUUCGGCACCAUGCGCAGCAGCACGGGCGAGCCCUUCCGCGUGCUUGUCUGCCCCAUCUACACCUGCCUCAGGGAGCUCUUGCAAUCUCAGGAUGUGAAGGAAGAUGCCGUCCUGUGCUGCUCAAUGGAGCUGCAGAGCACAGGCCGACUGCUGGAGGAGCAGCUGCCCGAGAUGAUGGCGGAGCUCCUGGCCAGCGCCCGCGACAAGAUGCUGUGCCCCUCGGAGUCGAUGCUGACCCGGUCCCUGCUGCUGGAGGUCAUCGAGCUCCACGCCAACAGCUGGAACCCUCUGACGCCCCCCAUCACGCAGUACUACAACAGAACCAUCCAGAAACUGACAGCCUGACAGCCAGGGGGCCUGGCGGGUGGCCCGAGGGCAGCUGGGGCCCUGGUGCACAGAGCCAGAUGGACAGGCGGGAGGACAGGGGUGGCCCUGCCUGC